AUGAGCUCAUUGAAAAGUGAUAGUUUAGAAAGUACGUCAGGCAUUAGGCCCACGGAACGAAACAGUUCGAAUCCUUCAGCCUCUUGCAGCACCGCACCGGCGGUCGUACGCAAUCGAGCUGUGAGGGGAUGGGGGAGGGCACAGAUUUCACACCCAAAGCAAGUCGACAAGUUCAGUACAAGAUGCCCCGAAGUCGAGUGUCCGUGCCUGCACUUCAGCCCCCGGCCGGCUGUUCCUCUUCUCGUGGUCGGUACGAUGGUUCUUCCUUGCUCCACUCGAGGGAUUAGCACAGAUUCGGAUCCUACACUCAUUUCAUGUAGUCACUCAGGUCCGUCCAUCUGGCCGCGUGAUGAAGCUCGUGAGCCUGAAAACGAUUCAGGCAUAGACACGGAAAUCGAGAAUCUGGAUAAUCGACGAUCACCACCCCAACAGAUUCGCCAGCACGCUGACGAAAAUUGUGUUCUGAUGCUCGCUGCUGAUGCAUCGCAGCAUCACGACCAUCGGCAUCGUAAUGGAACGGUACUCGACGUUCGAUGCCAAAUGCUCCUCCGGGCUUUCUCGCCCGGAGGAGCAUUUGCCUCGGAACUGAUCGAUCCAUCCAUCCAUCCAUCGGCUCAGCGCACCUUCCCUCAGCACGAUAGCAGCUCGCGAGCUUGCGCUACGAGGCGACGAGACGAGCGUCAUUCACUCCUGCGGCCUGGAGAUUUCAGUAGUCCACAGAAUCGAGACAGAAAGCUCCAGUGGCUCUGCUUCGACUGCCGACCUGCCGACCUGCGCUGUGCGUCUUGCGUUUCUGCUUGUCCGUCUGAUUUCGGCACGGGCUCUCGUCCUCGCCGCGCUUCUGCUCUCGAUCUCCGAAUUCCACUGGAAUCCUCCAUCUCGGAGGAGGUGGUGGAUAAUGCUGAUGCUGAUGUGGCAAGCCAGCAGUGCCUUGCCAGUCACGCCCGCAAAGACAGACACGGAAAGGCGGUUGUGCGGGCGGCAGUGCAGUAUGCGUUAAACAGAGGCGACGGAACGGCUGGAGAAAUCAGCCGGUCAACUCGUCGGCAGAUUGGAUUCCACCCACAAUCGCCGCUAACCGGCGGAGCAUGUCGAGGCCGAGUGUCGAGCAAGCUAGCAGGCGCUACAGUAGAUACUGCGCCCGCACCCCGGCCGCCCGGCCGCAAAAGCAGCCCGAAACCGAAACUGCGCAGAAGGGGACGCCGCAUCUGGGAUUCACGUGAACAUGCCAGGACUCCGAGACGGCGAGAUCCGCGGCACUCGCCGAAGAUUGCGGCAAAGUGCAGAAGAGCACGACGUGUCCAGCCGGUCGUGGUUGACUCUCACGAGGCUGAGGCGCCCGAGCGAGGGCCGCGAGGAGGCCGAGAAGUCGAUGCUGGCGGGGGAAAGUCGUCAGGCCGGGCAGCGGCGGGGGCGGCGGUUUUCGAGCUUUUCCUAUCGUCCAGACAGACUUCAGCUGGAGAGCGAUCAGCUCGAAAUGCAGUCGAAGCUCGAUCUCUUAUGACUCCUGACCCGGUCACUGCUUCACCAGCUGCUCCGCAACGAGACGGGGAUCCAACACUGUCCCCCGUGCGCACUCUAUCUCUCUAUCUAUCUAUCUCUCUCUCUCGCACUCUCACACUCUCACACUCUCUCUCACUCACCGUCUCGCGUAGGAUCGCCGAGCCGUUGCCGAGAUCUGAUCGCCCUGCGCCGGCGACUCCUGGGCCAAGCUGA